UUGUUUGCAUACAUACGCACCAAAUUGCUAAACUAAAAGCCAGUACAUAUCAGAAAUGUCCACUACACAUAAGUGCAAACGGCUUGUUGUUCAGACGUCGUGUACAUGCAUAUAUAUGUAUAUAUACUCAGUGCCUAACAGAUGAUUAUUCGAUGCAUAUACAAUACAGUUUAUUUUCUAAAUGACGUGCACUAAUUAUUCUCUAUAAUCGACUGUAUAAUGGUCAGUUGGGUCAAAUCAAUGUCUUCGUUAAACGGUCAGUGGAUUAUUACGCGUUACGUUUCAAGUUUCACGUAUACGAUUGCACGAAAUAUUUCUGUAUCAUUUAGUUAGGGAAAUAAUUUUGAAGAAAGUAGUGCCUCCACAUCAGCGUUAUCUUAAUGCCACAUUUCAUCCUUAUGAGAUAUAUUGGAGAGAUCGAUAGCAAGGGUAUUCACGUUUUCUUACAGAAUGCAACUUGGUUUGUUCUUUGGAGAAGAAACUUCGGGAAAGAAUCGCAAAAAAUGAAAUUUCGAUUCCUAGGCGACGGAGAUUGUCCUGAUUGGCUACUGGCAGAAAUCAACACUUUGUCACGUAUGACGUCUAUCAAAAUCAAGAUAUUGGGUCAGGCAGUCGCAAAGUACCUUGCAGAAGGGGAACUGGACGAAGAGAAGAUUAAAAAGGUCACUCAAGAUGCCAAAGUUGAACUGAGCGACGCGAAAGCUAUGAUAGCCGCUCUCGAAUUGAUAUUCGUAUCGUCCGCGCGGUACGGAGUUUCAGCCGCCGAUUUGAGUAGCGAAUUGCAACAACUUGGCUUACCUCGGGAACACAGUGCCGCAAUUGCCAGACUGCACACAGAUAACAGCCCCCGAAUCACAGAUGCCCUUUCAUCGCAGUCUUUGAGAGUUAGUCAAUUGUCAUCGAUCCAAGUGUUGCCUUGCGCUAAUUCCUCACCGUUCUCCACGCUGUCGUUCAAGCUGAACAAGUUAGGAGGCACCGGAGAGAAUUCUAUCGUUAAUAUCUCACAAGAGGACGUACAUAUUUUACUCACCGAAUUACGGAGGGCAAAAUCGUUAAUGGAGAACCUUUGAGUGCCAUAUGUCCAGAAAUCUGCCAUAUAUUAAAUUUUGCUCCAAUCGGACUAAUGCGUUGUACCGAUUAUAACGAUGAUGAUAAUGAAGAUAAUGUACCGUAGCAUACCUUCGCCCAAAAAUGACGGAGCUCGUUGUACCCUUAUUUCGUAUCUGAUUUUAGCUGGCUGAUAAUUCAUCGAAAAUUAAGAGCCACAGCGUAAAAUAAAAAUGUGCCGAUUAUGUAAAUUACAAAGGUGAAAUAAAGUUCUGAAAAAGGAGGUGGUUUU